AUGGCGGGCUACCUGAAGACGGCGAGCGUAGACUCAUCGGCGGGCGGCGGUCUGGGCGGCGGCGUCACGGCUGGCGGCGUAGUCGGCGCUACUGGCGGUGGCGGUGGUGCGGCCACGGGCGGUUACCCGCACCACGCACAUCACCAUCAUGCGGCUGUCGCUCAUCAUCACCAUGCUGCGGCAGCAGCUGCAGCGGCGGCACAUCACCACCAUCAUCACGCGGCUGUCGCUCACCACGGGCCACUUGGUAUGCCGCUACCUCCAUUCGGGUUACCGCACGGACUGGACGCGGUGGGAUUUCCUCAAGGUGUAAACCCGCGAAAGCAAAGGAGAGAAAGGACAACAUUCACCCGCGCUCAACUAGAUGUUUUAGAAUCUCUUUUUGGAAAAACGAGGUAUCCUGAUAUAUUUAUGAGGGAAGAAGUAGCGCUGAAAAUCAACCUACCAGAAUCACGAGUACAGGUUUGGUUUAAAAAUCGUCGAGCGAAAUGCAGGCAGCAACUCCAGCAACAACAAAGCAGUUCCAUCAAAUCAUCAUCUGGGAACACGAAUUCAUCAUCAACGAGACACCAGUCACAAAACUCUCAAAAAUCCAAUGGCCAAUCUUCAUCUUCCGCUCCAUCAAAGACUGGUUCUAAUAACAAUAACAACAACAACAACACAACUAACUCUCCUCAAAAAGGACAGCAGCAGCAGCACGCAAACACUUCGUCGCCUGGUCUACCGAUUACCCCAUCGACGAGUGUUAGUCCACCCGUAAAUGUUAUUUGUAAAAAGGAAUCAUCGACAGGGGGAGGUGGUCUGACACCACUUACAUACGAUCAUCCGCAUCAUCAUCAUAACUCUCAUAAUAACAAACAUCUGUUACCGACAUUAGGCUACAACGAAAAAGACCCACAAUCCCAACACCAGCAAGAUCACACGGGGAACAAUGGAUCUUUGGCCUACAAUCGACUAGCGGCUGGAAAUUUGACGCCUCUUGGUUCUAACUCUAGCGUUAUGACGACACCAUCACCUCCUAUGACGCCGACUGUGAAUACAAAUAGUUUACCUUACACGCCGAAUCACGAUUAUAAUUUCCAUUGGCAUUCUGGUGACUACAUAAAGAAUUACGGCCACCAUGCGUCCAAUUAUCCGUCGGCCGGUAACUACGCCCAGAGCCCGUAUUAUGGCCAAAUGGAGUAUUUUAAUGCUGUCAGUGGUGGCCAAAGUAUGGGCCCGAUGGGUUCCUACAACGCGGCCGUUCAACCUAGCGGUGGUUACGGUAGUGGUAAUUUCGGCUUGAGUGGUGUUCCCAGUAUGGGAGCCGCGCAAGGUUUCAGCCCAUCGGGACUCGAAUAUAUGGCGAGUACAGGUGCUACCGAUAAAUAUGGUAUGAAUAUGGUGUAGGACGAAAUUGCCUUCCUGCUGAAUCUGCCGCCGAUUUAACAAGAAUGAAGUGGCACCAAAAUUUCGACUGAGUUUGGCACGAUUUUUAAGAAGUUUUGUGAUGAAACAAAAGUGAUUAUUGUCGGACUUAUCACGACGGAACAUUUGACUAGCAUUUUAAGUUUAUAUAAUCGAAAAAUGAUUCAAAAAUAUGUAUGGAAGUGAUUGUUUCACUAACGUUUAGUGACGUUGUUAACGGGUGACGCUACAAAAGUCUUAAAUUUAUUUUGUAGAAAAUGAAAUAUUGAAUCGUUUUAGGACGAUUAAUAUUUUUAUUUAUGUUAUGAUUUUUAAAAGAUCUGAAAGAUUUUAUUAUAUUUCAUAUAAUUAUUUAUUAAACUAUACUUCAUUCAUUCGAUUUGUAUUAUAGUCGCUUAUGUCAUGAAAAAAAGCAUUAUAUUAAGGCCGUGCCACUUAUAGUCUAAAUGAUCUCUUGAAACCAUGCAAAUGACAAAAAUAAAUAAACUCUGGCCUAACUGUCACGUGCCAAAGUAAGACUAUGCAAUGAGAUGC